AUGUCCCCCAGAACACUCUACGACAAGGUCUUUGAGGACCACAUUGUGCACCGCGACGAGUCCGGCUCGUAUCUCCUCUUCAUCGACAGACAUCUCGUUCACGAGGUGACUUCACCACAAGCCUUUGAGGGCUUGAAAAACGCCGGGAGAACGGUCAGACGCAAGGACUGCACCCUCGCCACCGUCGAUCACAACAUUCCCACCGAGUCGCGCGCAAACUUCACCAACCUCGAUGACUUUAUCACGCAGAAGGACUCGCGCUUACAGGUCAAGACGUUGGAGGAGAACGUGCGCGACUUUGGUGUGACAUACUUCGGUAUGACCGAUUCGCGCCAAGGGAUUGUGCAUGUUGUUGGACCAGAACAAGGCUUCACGCUCCCAGGAACCACCGUGGUCUGUGGCGAUUCUCAUACCUCCACCCACGGGGCCUUCGGUUCGCUUGCUUUCGGGAUCGGUACCUCCGAGGUCGAACACGUUCUCGCGACGCAAACGAUCAUCCAAACCAAGUCUAAAAACAUGAGAAUUACCAUUGAAGGCGACCUCCUCCCAGGAAUCACCUCCAAGGAUUUAAUUUUGCACGUGAUUGGCGUGAUCGGCACUGCGGGCGGGACCGGGAGCGUGAUCGAGUUCGCGGGACGCGCGAUCGCGAACCUUUCUAUGGAGGCACGUAUGUCGAUCUGCAACAUGGCAAUCGAGGCCGGCGCGCGCGCGGGCAUGAUCGCCCCAGAUCAAAAGACCUUUGACUACAUUGCGGGGCGUCCGUUGGCUCCUAAGGGUGCCGAGUUCGCCAAGGCGGUGGCGUACUGGAAGACCCUCCCUACCGACGAAGGUGCCACAUUCGACGAGGAAGUCGUCAUCAAGUCCUCCGAUAUCAUUCCAACCAUUACGUGGGGAACCUCCCCACAGGACGCGUUGCCAAUCACCGCGCGCGUGCCGAACCCGGCGGAUGUCGGCGACAAAAUCAAAAAGUCGGGCAUGGAGCGCGCGCUUCACUACAUGGGCUUGAUUCCCGGGACCAAAUUCACGGACAUUUCCAUCGACAAGGUUUUCAUUGGCUCGUGCACCAACUCCAGAAUCGAGGACUUGAGAGCGGCGGCAGCGGUCGUUAAGGGCAAGAAGAAGGCCGACACGGUCAAACACGCGUUGGUUGUUCCAGGCUCCGGGUUGAUCAAGUUGCAAGCGGAGAAGGAAGGGCUCGAUAAGAUCUUCAUUGCCGCGGGCUUCGACUGGAGAGAGGCCGGGUGCUCUAUGUGCCUUGGGAUGAACCCGGACAUUUUGGAUCCUCAGGAGAGAUGCGCGUCGACGUCUAACAGAAACUUCGAGGGUCGCCAGGGUGCGAACUCGCGCACGCAUUUGAUGUCGCCACAGAUGGCCGCCGCUGCCGGAAUUGUCGGGCACUUUACCGAUAUUAGAGACUGGGAAUACGAUACGUCGGAUGUGGCUGCCAUUGCCGUUGGGGGUGAUGAGGAGCUCGAAAGAGCGGCCAUGGAGGCGGAAAAGGUGCCAUUGGAGGGGGAAAUUGACAUUAACGAGCAAGAGGGUGGUGAGGUUGCUGCUACGCCAGCCACCGCCGAUGUUUCUGCACCUGCCGUGGCUGGGCUUGCGCCAUUCCUCACCCUUACCGGGAUCGCAGCCCCUCUCGACAAAGCCAACAUCGACACCGACGCCAUCAUUCCAAAGCAGUUCCUCAAGACCAUCAAGCGCACGGGUCUCUCCUCCGGCUUGUUCUACGAGUGGAGGUUCACCCAGAAAGACGGCAAGGACGUUGCCACGGACUUUGUCUUGAACGUUGCUCCAUACAACAAGGCGGAGGUCUUGCUCGUCACUGGUGACAACUUUGGCUGCGGCUCUUCUAGAGAGCAUGCGCCAUGGGCAUUGCAGGACUUUGGCAUCAAGUCCAUCAUUGCGCCGUCUUUUGGUGAUAUUUUCUACAACAACUCUUUCAAAAACGGGUUGUUGCCGAUUAGAAUCCCCCAGGAGGUGAUCUUGAGCAAGUUGUACCCGGUCGCGCAGGCGGGGAAGCCAUUGACCAUUGACUUGCCUAACCAGCAGAUCAGAGGUCCAGACGGCGAGGUCUUGGUCGACAACUUCGAUGUCGAGCCGUUUAGAAAGCACUGCUUAGUUAACGGUUUGGACGAUAUCAGUUUGACCUUGCAGAAGGAAGAGCACAUCCAGAAGUACGAGGCCACGAGAAGAGAGAAGUUCUCCUUCUUGGAAGGCGGGUCCGACUUGAUCAAGCCGAUCAGAGGAACCAAGAGAUCGUUGUACGGGGUCAAGGCUCAAGAGUGGUAA